CUGUGGUAUUAGGCAACUCUUAAAAUGUUAAUGAAGAUUGCGCUUUUUGCUGGUCUUGCUACAAUAUUAGAAGAUAUUUUGGCCCACGCUCAAGGCCCUGCCUCUACGGACAACUACCUAAAUAAGUGCAUGCUCUUGCUUCCCGAGUACUCCAAGAAAACACCGAGUCCGGAGCCAGGACUUGAGUGUUCUACAUUUGUCGGUAAUUCCUGCUGUAAGAAGGGAGUAACGCUGCCCUUCAUGACUGAACAUAACUGGCAGAAUAUCACCGACUUCCCACACUGUCCUCAGAAAGCGACACUUGAACCACAGUGUCAUAUGCAGUUUUUCGAGGAGCUCUGUUUCUUUCUUUGCUCUCCGGAUAUCGGUCCUUGGAUCGUUUUAGCGAGCCCUGAUUUAAAAGUGAUCACGCAUAGGUUCAAAAACAUCCCAAUCUGUGCAAGUGUGUGCGAGCAAUGGUACAACGCAUGUCAGGAUGAGUAUACGUGCACAGAUAACUGGUAUAUAGGAUUCAACACAAGCUCAGGGAUUAAUAGAUGUCAUGACGUUUCACAGUGUUUUAAAUAUCCUGAGCACUUUACAAACUCACAGAGUUUCUGUGAAAACAUAUGGGAUAAUUCAUUCAAGGUUGUCCCAGAUGACGAGCCAUGUAUGCACUUUUCAUAUGACGCCACUUCCGGUAAUAACCCAAAUCGAGCUGUGGCAGAGGCUCGAGCAAGGGUUCUAUCCACAUCAUCAAGUAUCUAUUUAGAUAAUUCACAGAUACUUAUCGUUGCAUUUGCCAUUUUAGUUAGUCAAUUAAUGAACGUGUAA